AUGCCCUGGCCCACAACGCACCCACCUGCCGAGCGAGCCCCGCCUAAAUUUCCCAGCAGUCUCCACGUCCACCUCCUGCUCAUUGCGGCAUCGCAUCGCAUCGCCAACGACAAAAGCCCGCGAAGACAAGACAAGCACUUGGACUGUGCUGGUGCCCUGGUGUGUGCGGUGCCGGCGUGGGCCGUAGAUCGGACGGGCGAGCCCCGGAGCCCCGCUUAUGUCCCAUCAGCGGUGCCGACAGACAGCAGCAGCGGGUACCUCACUGCAACCCUCGUUGGCUGGGCAUGCCCUCUCCUUCAGGCAAGUCACUCGCCUGUGUUUCUCUCUUCCUUCGAGAGCCGUCCCAAGACAGCGUCGCAGUCGCGGGUCGCCCUGCGCCGCGUGGUACCCUCGCGUCGGUGGCAGAACGAGUUCCAGAACAACGCGCGGAACGGCUGGCCGACCAAGCUGAAAGGGGGGACUCAACUCUCCCCAAUGCUCGCCAGCUCUCGCCAACUCUCGCAUUCGGUGCUUCACCAGCGUCCGGCGAGCCAAGACCAUGCCAAGACAGUGAAACUCCGCUGUGAGGAGACAUCUGGGUGA